AUGCACGAGCAGGCAGAGCCUGUCCGGUCGCCUGUGUCCGGCCCCGACACCCGCCAAACCAGCGGACCGCCACCCCAACCCCGUUAUGUCAAUCAGAGUGGUUCACGCGGGCGUGUCCGCCAUGGCAACGGCGCUUCUGACGAGCAGCGGGAAGAUCAGGCAACAUCUUCACACACGUACUACGUAGAAGCCGAUAACGUGGAACGUUACGCAGCGUACACGUCUGCAGACCACUCGUAUCCGGGUGGAGCGAGCGGCCGCCGUGGUGUCUGUAGCUUCCUCCGCGCCCGCCGAAGCUGCCUAGCCGCCGGCAUCGCCGUGCUACUGAGCUUGGGUGCCGUGGGACUCGCCCCUCUGACGAUCAGCAACAAAGAGGAAAUUUCUCAAUUGUCGACGACUGUUGUCGACGCCUUGAAACGGGACCAAGACGACAUACACCAACUGUUCAAUACUGUUGACACCUUGGAGCGCGACCAAGACGCCUUGAAACGCGACCAAUACGACAUGCGGCAACUGUCCGCCACUGUUGACAACUUCAAACGCGACCAAGAGGGCCUACGCCAACUGUCCAUCACUGUUGACGCCUUGAAACGCGACCAAGACGCCUUGAAACGCGACCAAUACGACAUAAGCCAACUAUCCGCCACUGUUGACGCCUUGAAACGCGACCAAGAGGGCCUACGCCAACUGUCCAUCACUGUUGACGCCUUGAAACUCGACCAAGACGCCUUGAAACGCGACCAAUACGACAUAAGCCAACUAUCCGCCACUGUUGACAACUUGAAACGCGACCAAGACGGCAUACACCGACUGUCCAUCACUAUUGACGCCUUGAAACGCGACCAAGACGCCUUGAAACGCGACCAAUACGACAUAAGCCAACUGUCCACCACUGUUGACGCAUUAAAACGCGACCAAUACGACACAAGCCAACUAUCCGCCACUGUUGACGCCUUGAAACGUGACCAAGACGACAUACACCAACUGUUCACUACCGUUGACGCCUUGAAACGCGACCAAGACGACAUACACCAACUGUUCACUACUGUUGACACCUUGGAGCGCGACCAAGACGCCUUGAAACGCGACCAAUACGACAUGCGCCAACUGUCUGCCACUGUUGACAACUUGAAACGCGACCAAGACGACAUACACCAACUGUUCAAUACUGUUGACGCCUUGGAGCGCGACCAAGACGCCUUGAAACGCGACCAAUACGACAUGCGACAACUGUCUGCCACUGUUGACAACUUGAAACGCGACCAAGAGGGCAUACACCAACUGUCCAUCACUGUUGACGCCUUGAAACGCGACCAAGACGUCUUGAAACGCGACCAAUACGACAUAAGCCAACUGUCCGCCACUGUUGACGCCUUGAAACGUGACCAUGAAGACCUUCGCCGACUGUCCACCACUGUUGACGCCUUGAAACGCGACCAAUACGGCAUGCGUCAACUGUCCACCACUGUUGACGCCUUAAAACGUGACCUGGACAGCGAGCGAAACCGAACCGCCGCCCUGGAACAGCGUCUUCACGACAUCAGGAAGACUUUACCAUCUUGUCCUGUAGGUUACACAAUGUACCGUGGAAUCUGCUACAAGGCCUUCAACACACUCAAGAACUUCAGCGAGGCGGCGGCGGCCUGUAGCGAAGACGGCGGCACCCUCGCCAUGCCCCGAGACGCUGACACCAACGCCUUCCUGGUCCCCCUGUACAAGUCCUUGAGAAACGGGUGGCUCUUCUGGAUCGGCCUGCACGAUCAGCGCGAAGAGGGAAAGUUUGAGUGGGUGGACGGUUCUGCACUCGGGCCGUACAGCUCCUGGGGCACGGGACAACCGGACGGCAACUGGAGUGGCGAAGAUUGCGUUUAUCUCAAAGACAAGUGGAACGACUAUGACUGCGACAGGAUCAUUAACUUCAUAUGCCAGACUGCUCCAGGACGUCCAUAG